AUGGAAACCGCAGUAAUAUCGGUUUUAGAAUCAUUGAUUAAAACGGAUGGUGUUAAAGGAGUUUUAAUAGCUGAUGAACAUGGUUUAUGUCUUGGAGCUUUAGGAACGGCAAAUCCAAAUUGUUCUGGAAUUAUUAGAGAGAUAGCCACACAUGCUAAAUCUUUGAAUGAAGAUUCAAAUUCACAACAAUUAUUUACAAUAAAAAUAGAAGCUAAUAAUUCGUAA